AAACUGGACGAGCAUCUGCAAUGCACUGCGGGAGCAGGCUCGGCACUCGUGGAACUUCUAGACCACGAACCAUCGCCAGAGAUCCGCUACAGACGAAUCGCAGGCAAAACAUAUCAAAUCAAAAAUACACGAAACUUUCUUCUGCCGAAGCAAAAAAGUGUAGAAGAGGUGCCGGCACAUUACACAAGAGGAUUUGGAAAUUCCACGAAAAGCCAAAGAGAAUUGGAGAAACAAGAGAGAAAAGAUUUGGAAGCAGUAUAUAAGGAAUUUCCAAAACCAAUCAAGAAUAGAGAGUCAAGUCACCAGAAACUUAUAGCAAAUAAUAUAAAAUUUACUAAAACUAGAAGUGUUGAAGAUCAUCUUCCAUUAAUCCAAGAACUUCCUCCACAAAGACCAGCAAGACGCAGAAAAGUACCAAUCAACGAUAAUAAAUCAUCACCGUCAACAGUUGACCAGGGCUAUCAAGGUGUCAUCGACCAAGCUAAUCAUUUAACCUCCUUAUCAACAAAAUCAUCGAGUCAAAUAGAUUUAAACAAAUCAGCAAUCAAUAAUCAGCAACGAAUCAAUUUCUCCCCCCUUCAACCGAACGAUAACCGUUCGGCGAAUGACAAAUGUCCAGAGCGUUCAGUAUCGGUGCGAUGUGCCCGCCGACGGGAGCCGUGCGCGUCUAAUCCCGCGGAAAUAGUGACCCAGUUUUUCCGAGAUUUUCUUUCAUCUUUGAUAGUAUCUCCGGAAAUAAUCAGGAUGCUCAUAAGGGCGAUGAAGCUCAAAGAGCGGAUGGUGUUGGGAUUCGCGGUGGGCCUGGUGCUCUUCACUCUAUUGCUGGUCGUCGACCUUCAAAUGGAUUUUGGAGUUUCCAGGCAAAGGUUUUUCAAAACACAUGAUCGCGUCCGGUACGUGGUUGAUGAGGAUGGACCUAAUCAAGCUUAUAUGACGUUUAAGAAGAAACAAGAAAUUGUAGAAAACAAAACAUCCCGUGAGAAAGGGUCGGUUCAUCAUAGAGGAUACGGCGAGACAGAAACAAAAGUGUCGCCAAAUAAGCCCGUGACGAGCGCACCUCAUGACCCUUUCACGGACCUCCAGAGGUUGGUUGUUAAAUUUGGAGACCCGAGCGGUCCGGCGCCUCCGCUGGCGGCGGCCGAAGUCAUCCGCGAUGACAGCAAAGCCAGACCGUCGACGCGUCUUAGAACUAUGGGCGAACUUCUUGGUCUGGAAUUGGGACCAGAUUCUCACAGUUUGGCAAAAUAUCAGUACGGUAUAACAAGGACGCAACUGUACCCUGAAAAUUCACCAUUCGUCGAUGAACUUCUGAAAGACAUGGCAACUAAACCCAUCGUGGGAGUAGUUCAAAAAGAAGGAGGAACGCAGCUAAAACUCGUCAUCGAUUAUUCGAAUGAUAUUCAAGCACUUUUCAAACCUAUGAGGUUUCCCAGAGAGCAACAGACUUUGCCAAAUCAUUUUUAUUUCACUGACUAUGAGAGGCAUAAUGCAGAAAUUGCAGCUUUUCAUCUAGAUAGAUUAUUGGGCUUCCGCAGAGCCAUGCCAGUUACUGGUCGAACCCUAAAUAUGACCACAGACCUUUAUGCUCUCGCAGACGAGCAACUUUUGAAGACAUUCUUCGUAUCACCUUCCAAAAAUCUGUGCUUCCAUGGAAAAUGUUCAUAUUACUGUGAUACCUCACAUGCUAUAUGUGGAAAUCCAGACACUCUCGAAGGAUCUUUUGCUGCUUUUUUGCCGUUACAUGAUCGCGCCGCCAGGAAGGUUUGGAGGCAUCCUUGGAGAAGAUCAUACCACAAACGAAGGAAAGCUCAGUGGGAGACUGAUGCAGAUUACUGCUCGACGGUUCGGGAUAUUCCACCAUAUGACGAAGGGCGUCGAUUAUUAGAUUUAAUCGAUAUGGCAGUAUUUGAUUUUUUAAUGGGUAAUAUGGACAGACAUCACUAUGAAACCUUCAAACUUUUCGGAAACAAUACUUUUCCAUUACAUCUGGAUCAUGGCAGAGGUUUUGGACAGCCUUUUCAUGAUGAAUUGAGCAUCCUUGCUCCACUUCUUCAGUGCUGCGAGAUUAGAAGUUCGACGUUGAAAACCUUAUUACGGUUUCAUACCGGGCCUCAUCGUCUGAGUGAGCUGAUGGAAAAAUCAAUGCAAUCUGACCCUGUAGCACCAGUUUUGUGGGCUCCUCACCUGGAAGCCCUUGAUAGGAGAAUAGGUCUAAUAUUAAAAGCAGUUCGUGAAUGUGUCAAUAGAUCAGAAUCGGACACGUCUGUAGUACAUAACGAAGAUGGCUCAUGACCAUAGAGAUUUGCACCUUAACAAUUAUUAUGAAAAGGACUUAUCAGGAACUGUGAUCGCUCUUGCUGUGCUAAUAUUUUUGUGAAUAUAUUUAAGUCAAUGAACAUUUUCAAUAUGAAAACUUUUGCUGAUAUGUGUAUUAGGCAGCCGUGUAUAAGAAAAACUUAUAUUAUAAUAAUGGACCUCUAUCAAAAAUUUGCUAACGAUCGGUUGUGUUAGUAAUAUGACUGUGAGAUAGAAUGUUUAUCUUAAUUUAAGAAUUUUGACUAAGUCAAUGGCCAGUUUUUGGUGAUAAUAUGUAUUACCAGUUCAAAUAUUUUACUAAAUUGAAAUUUUAUUAAAAAUCUAAUAUGAAAUUUUACAUAU